AAAAGAUGCGUAAAACCACAUUCAUUCACUCACUUAUUGUAUGGAGGAAAUGGAGCCAAGGUGUUCGGAGUGCCAAGCCUUUAAACACAAGGCUACCUCCCAACCAAAGGAUAUAUCAGAGAAGGUACUGUUACUCUUCAGCUCGUCAUGCUGAAGACCCGGGUACAAUCCCAACAUGGGUACAAUCGCGACAGCGUGAUGUUGGAUUAAUGCUAUUCCGAGAGCUUUGACAGGGAUCUGUUCUUCAAAUCGCCCCGAUGGACCUGUCUUGACAUAGACAGCAUACGGUUCCCACGGUUAGAUAUCGCAGAUGUAAUCGUAAACGAGACACGACACGAGACAUCACAAUUCAGGUGGAACGAGGACAAAACCAUGAUACAUCACCUGUUCAUAUGACCUUGGUGAUCACGUCGUUUAAUUUAAAUAAUCAAUGAACCUACAAGUAUCUGUCUAUUGUGUGUUUGCUGUUAAGUGUGUGUACUGUAACGUUUCCGAUGCAUGAUUCUUACCUACAGUGACGACGUUGAGAUGUACAUAUUUUGCAAAGCUCUCCUGAGGUUAAUAGGGAUGGAUCUCCGAAGACGCCUUCACGUGUUUUUCAAGACGGCGCUGAAGGAUUUGGUAAUCUUGCUGUUCCAGGUACUACCUCUGUGUGGUGGACAUACUUGCACAAACAUUAACAGUAUCAGUACUGUUCAGAAGGACACUGCUCUCCUGGGCUCAACGUUUCUCACUAUACCGAACAUUGGUGUCAUCGGCUGUGCAAGGCAGUGUCUGCUGAGAAGACGGUGUAAGUCCUUCAACGUCGCCCUGAGCAGCUCAGAAUGUCAGCUGAAUGAGUUGUCUACUUCCGGUAGUGUGGCCAGCAACAUUGUCGGUGUUCAGAACAGCGUGGUCAGUGACAUUGACCAAUGGUCAAGAAGAAUCGCCGGAGCCUGUCAGAACCACGCAUGUCCAAACAACUCUGUGUGUAAGUUUUACGACAACGGAACUUUGUUUUGUCAAUUUGAGUGUAGUGAUCCGCCAAGAUUAACUAAUGGUGUCAUCUCACCCAACACAACCCGAUAUGACAUUGGUACAACUCUGAGCUACAGCUGCGCGGGUGGGUAUCUAAGGAGCGGUGAAGCGGUCUGCCAGUCUGCAGGAACAUGGUCCAACUUCAGCUGUCAGAUCGGAUGCCAGGGUCUCCCAAGAAUCCUCAACUCCGUCACUGGAUCAAUCGGUAACCUUGACCUAUGGCCAGUCGGCUCCAGUCCCGACAUCACAUGUUCACCUACUGAAGGACAGAUCGGGAAGAUCAGGUGUCAAGCGGAUGGGACAUGGUCGACAAUGAAAUGUGUUCGAGUGCUGCGGUCUUGCUCCGAGGUCAGAAAUUGCAGUUUGUUUUAUGGUGACGGCGAGUACUGGCUAUUUCCGGAGAUAUUCAACAACACGGCCGUCAAGAUAUUUUGCAGCGGAAUGAACUCUACGACACCAAAACACUAUGUUACAUUACCACGUGAAACGUUCUCCAAUUAUUCAGACACCAGCUGCCGAAGUGACCAGUUCGGUUCAUGUGUUUCUAUCCGUUACAACAAGAUCCGAAUUGACAAUAUAGACACAAUGACAACUGGAUACAAAGGACUCACGGACCAUACGUUUGCUAACAACAGUGACUGCGAAGUAGCCGAAUACGCCGGGGCAUUUGACUGUAGCUUAGACCCUUCCUGUACCGGAAACGAGGGGAGACAAUUCAAAAUAGACAUUGGUCAAACCGGCCUAGUUAUCUCCCCUGAAACACAAUGGCUUGUGAAAAGUGGAUACGGUAAUGUGACGAUACAACGAUCCGACAAUAACCGAAUCAUCAACGGAAACUGCGUCACCAACUGCAGCUUCUGUUACGUGAAGGACGACAAUUUAUCCUACAUCCUGGAUGAAUCCUUCACCCCGAGUCCGAGCAGCGCUAGUGUACCGGUCUGUCUGGCUUCCUCAUUUUUGUAGAUUUAAAAUGUUGUGCCGACUUUCAGAUAAGUGCCUAAAUUAAAGGAGCUACUACAGAAACGCCAGUCGUUCAAACUAUCUUCAGAAGAAAGGACAUUGUAAAACUUAAAAUAAAUAUCAAAAGAUAAUUUUGAAACACAGAAAUGGAGACUUUGAAAGUGCAAAUGGACAUCCCGCAGACAUCGUCCAACUUAAGGAAAUAUCAAAGACUAUUUAAAAGUAGGUCCUUUCUUGACCUCUGACUAUUCGUUUACCUAAACUGUGUUUAAGCCUAUAUCCGCUUGUUAGUAUUGAUCUCUGUUUCCUGAAACCAGGUUCAGUUUUGGCCGAUAUUUCGGAAAAAGAAGAAUUCGCACACAGAUAUGAAAAGGGAUUUAACUUUUCAUGAUGUGGAAUUUCGAUAUCCGAUAUUCGAAGGGGGCACGGUGGCCCAGUCGUCGAAGGCGCCGCAAUUCUCUGCGCAGAGUUGCGUCCCUUGGGCACGCCAAAAACCUGUGGUUGUGAGUUCGAAUCCCGGUUCGCCUCGAUUAUGAUCUAGGUUUGGCAGCACCGUACCCGUGCUCUUGGGUUACAAUUAUGGCACCUGUGUACCCCUGGACUGUUCUUUUCAUAUUCAAGUGCAUUAACAUAGAAAUGGAAGGGCUACUAUUAGCGAAGCAGCAUGAUCGACAUUCGUUGGUCAAAGAUGUGAUGAAUUGACGCUUAUCAAAUCUAGUCCCUCACACACUGGAUACCUGUACAUGUAUGUAUAUAUAACUGCAAGGUUUUCAAAAUGUUACUUUCUUGCAUAAGUGUUAUCUUUUAUCUCAACUUUUGACUUUUACCUAACCACGUUAGGGAUUCGCUUUCUUUUGUAAGAAUUAAGACAAUGGCGUAAUUCUGCAUAGCGAAAUCCGACUCUUCAGACAACUUUGCUAUGUUUUUUUGCCUCGAAUCGUGUAAAGCCUCGCGGAAUAUGAAACACAUUCGCAUGUGGUCUCUACGACCUUCCAAAGAGGCUUUCUUCCUACAUCAAGCUGACACGCCGUGAUAUAACUGAAAUUAUGUUCAAGAAGCAUUAAUACAAAGUCAUUCGCUCACUCACCCACUAAGCUAAGUGUGUUUCUCUUGUCUUGUUGGCUAUGCAAUACAAUUUUAUUAAAUGUGUACACCUGGGUAUAUUAUAUUCUAAUAUUGCAUCUUUAGGAUCGUGGAGCCUAAAAUAUUUUGUUGAGGAUAUGUAGAUAAUUUGAAUUGUAGGAGAAAUACAGCCUUCGAGGGUUGCCACGUCUGUCAACUCUGGAUGUAACGAAAUCGGCUAUGUAGCUAAAAGUCUUUAAUAACUGCACAAUAAUAUCCCAAAAGCAGACAGUUCCCCCGCUGAAUAUCGGAUCUUAAUUCUUAAAAUGUGGGCUGGUAGGUUAGGAGGUUUGUAAACUUUUUGUAACAGCAUAGUCAAUAAUUGACCACUCUAAACGUCAUAUUCACUCCCUAAAAUACAGUAAGUGACUGUGGUUUACGCCGCUUUAGCAAUAUCCCAGCAAUAUCACGGCGGGGGACAUCAGAAAUGGGCUUCACACAAUGAACCCAUGUGGGGGAAUCGGCGUGGCGUGAUGAACGAACGAUGAAACCACAAGCCUCCCCCCCCUCUGAAAAUGAACAACAUUCCUGUUGUAAAUAUAGCGAAAGGACAGCUCGUGCCAAUUCGACAACAAUUCAUGCGUGGUGUUCGUGUAACCUGUUGCGCUGUGUAUGCACUGGUAAUAUUACUUGUGCGAUUUUCUUAUCGAAAUAUCUUAUCUCCGCACAUGCUUGUUGUUCUGCGUCCAUCAAUCACCGUUAGCAGCAUAGCGUUUAAGGAAUACAAUUUUCUUUUGUAAUUUUGCGGGAGGGGGUUAAGUGUAAGUGAUACGUGUAUAUAGUAAAUCAAACAGAAUUAUCGGAGUGUUAGUGUUGUGGUGGGAGGAUCACGAAAAGGUCUGGCACAGACACAGGAACCAGUGUUUGAUAUAGGGAGCAACAUCCCUCAAGCCACCGACCGUUACAGUUUAUCUAUAUAUAUACUACUGACACAAAAAAAGGGAAAUAAAAAUUUCCAAUACCGUGGCGUUGCAUCUGAACACAUCUGAUCCCAAUGAAAUUUCAUUUCAUGCAUGAACAGCACGUGAUACACGUGCACGGAAGCCAAAGUAUGUGAGCCUUCAGGGGAACUUCCAAUCACUAAUGUAAUUGAGCUCAGCACACGCUUAAUAUACCACCGAAAUAGUAUAAGAUGUUUGUCGAGUCUUUCCACAUUUAUAAGUUGCAACCUGGAACCCAAAAGGAGGAAAGUAAAGAGUCAGAUUCUAGUGUCCAUUUCUGUGAGAACAACACGCUUAGGAUUUUAUCUGCAACAUCACGGCGGGGGACACCAGAAAUGGGCUUCACACGAGUAAACGCUUUAACCACUAGGCUACCCUACCGCCCCUCAACUGCAUCGAAUGCAAAGCGCAAGAGUAAAAAUAAUUUUGCCCAAGCUUGUCUAAUGAUAAGAUUUUGGCUAUUAUUUGUGAUGAUUACGAAUUCACAUAACCCAUACUUG